AUGCGCGGGUUAAAAAAAGAAGCCCACGUCAAGACAAUCAAACUGUACCUGCGGGCCGCAGGCCACAACGAGAAAGGCGCGCCAUGGGUCGGCGGGGCGCGCAAACGUGAACAACGGCCCGCGCAAUUCAUGCGCCAGCGAAUUUCGUCGGUGCGCAUGAGCGCACCAGAUCGAGACGAGCGGCGCAGAUGCACCUGCACCCAGACGGGCCACCAGCCAGCUGGCGCAGAUGCGGCGCUUUACGAAGGGAAAAAGAAGGCACAAGACGGCGCAAAGCAGCGGGAAAAUUUCGAAAACAGCCUGCCACUGAAAGUGGUACAAUGCUAUAUGCUUGGGCAGUCUGAUACUGGAUCAAAAACUGGCCUUUGCCAAAAAAGAUCGGUGGCCGAAGAUGCAAAGCAGGCUCUUGUCCUGCAGAUCGGGUAUGCCUCGUGCCGAGGGUGCGUCACCAUCCACCUCAGGGGCGUUUGCUCCCAAGACUAG